UCAAUUAAGAUUCAAUGGCUUGCCUUCUUCGGAGUAUUUGUUGGGGGAAAAUUACGGCUCCAGCGAGACCUCGUUCCUUCCUCUCUGCUUCCCCCGAAGCUUCUUCCUCCUCCGAUCGGUAGAUUAAGUCCACUGUAGAAGGAGGGAUGAGCUCGGAGGAAAUCGGAAGGGCGGCAAUCAAGCGCGCCAUCAAAGCUCUUCGGAAGCGGCACUUGGUCGAGGAGGGCGCACACGCGCCAGCCAUCGCCGCCCUCUCCAGACCUCUAGCCGUCCAGGGCUUAGAGUGGAAGGAAAAAGCUGAAAGCCUUGAACUAGAACUGCAACAAUGUUACAAAGCUCAAGCUCGGUUGUCUGAACAACUUGUGGUGGAAGUAGCAGAGUGCAGGAACUCAAAAGCUCUUGUUCAAGAGAAGGAAGAAUUAGUAUCUAACCUGCAAAAUGAAAUUGAACCAUUAAGGGAUGAAAACUCACAGCUUAAGAAGGAUUUAGAAGAAAAGACAAAAGCUUUGGAUCUAUUAAUAAGCGAGAACAAGUCAGUUAAAGCACAACUUGAAAAGGUGAUGCUGAAAUUAAAAGAUGCAGAGGCUGAAAACAAGAAAUUGAUUGAUCGUUGGAUGUUGGAGAAGAUGAAGGAUGCAGAAAAGCUUAAUGAGGCUAAUGCCCUGUAUGAGGACAUGAUGCAGCGUUUUAAGGUGGCUAGCAUAGAGCAACUUGCAAGACAACAAGUUGAUGGAGUAAUUCGCCAAAGUGAAGCAGGAUAUGUGGAAUUUGUAGAAUCAGCUAUUCCUUCUGUAUGCAAGCAUACUAUCCAUGCUCAUGGGGGUGGAUGUGGGUCCAUAUUGUUUGAGAACAACUCAGAUAAGCUGAUCAGCGGCGGGCAGGACCGAACAGUCAAAAUAUGGGACACACAAACUGGCAACCUGAGUUCCACUCUUCAUGGUUGCCUUGGGUCUGUACUUGAUCUUGCUGUGACUCAUGACAACAGGUCCGUAAUCGCUGCCAGUAGCUCCAAUAACAUGUAUGUAUGGGAAGUAAGUUUGGGUCGUAUACGCCAUACCCUUACAGGUCACACUGAUAAAGUAUGCACUGUGGAUGCAAGUAAAGUCUCCAGCCGCAAUGUUGUGAGCGCUGCUUAUGAUCAUACCAUUAAAAUCUGGGACCUCCAGAAAGGAUAUUGCAUCAACACCAUCAUCUCAAUGAGCAACUGCAAUGCCCUUUCCUACAACAUGGAUGGACUGACCAUUUGCUCAGGUCACGUAGAUGGUAAUCUUCGACUGUGGGAUAGCCGGACAGGGAAGCUAAUUAGUGAGGUAGCUGCUCAUUCACAGGCAGUCACAUCGAUCUGUGUUUCUCGAAGUGGUAAUCUGGUGCUAACAAGUGGAAGGGAUAACUUGCACAAUCUGUUCGACGUUAGAACAUUGGAAGUGUGCGGGACAUUCAGAGCCAACGGGAACAGGGUGGCAUCCAACUGGAGCCGAUCAUGCAUUAGUGCCGAUGAGAACUGUGUUGUAGCUGGGUCAGCAGAUGGGUCCAUCUAUGUGUGGUCAAGAUUAAAGGCUGAUAUGCCAAGCAUUCUGGAGGGGCACUCUUCACCUGUUCUUUCAUGCUCAUGGAGUGGGUUGGGGAAAACUCUAGCCUCUGCUGAUAGGAAUGGAAACGUGUGUAUAUGGACAUGAUGUAUCAUAUGUGUAAAAAUGUGGUAGUAGUGCAUAAAAAUGGAAAUGUCAAUUGUCACGUACUCCUGUUUAUUUUAUUACAUAAUGGAAUGCUUAGGGUGAUUCUUUCAA